AUGUGGCAGCUGAGUGGAUUGUUGAUUGGACUCCUGCUGCUGAUGAUCGACACCGCACAAAGCAUUGGCAGCUAUCUGCAGGACGUAGAGCUGGUCGCUCCGACACCGAACGUCAGGAGCUUCAACACCGUCUACUACUAUCCGAGCUACGUCAAAGGGCAGGAUCCGGUCGAGGAGUACAACCGUAGGCGAUUGCACGUUGACACAGCUCGCUUUAUGGAGGACGACGACGACGAUGGAAGAAGCAGCCUGAUGCCACCGCCGGAGGGCGCCACCAAGCGGCCACGAUCGUCCCAGCGUUCCAAGCUGCGCAAACCACAUCAACUCCAGCUGGCGGCUGGCAACCGAGCAGAGGAACACGAUUACAAUUACUGGAAGGUGCGCCAAUCGUCCGGUUUACCGCGCUACAUCAAGGACGACGUAGAGCUGUUCGAUGUGGACGAACAUAAUCGGAUCAAGCGUCGGCGAAAGGUGAAGCGGCGACCGGAUCGUCGCCAUGCCAGGAUGAUACCGGAUCCGCCGGAAGUAACGGAAGCACCGAGACGCUACGAACAAUCCGAUCCACAGGUGUUUGCCUACGAACGUCCCAGCACCACCGAGGUUUCGAUCGAGCGAGCCAACCAAGUACAACAGGCGGUGGCUCCGUGGGAUAGCAAGUACUUCCAAUUCUUCGAACUGUUCGGUGAUGGUUCUUAUGCGGCCGGUGGACGGCGCGGUAACGAUCAGCACUACGUAGAGCAGCUCGAGCGAGCUUCACAGGGUGCCGGGGUGUUUCAGAAAAAAGUCAAAUGGGCUGACAAGCAUGGUGGCUUCGGUGAGCACUAUUGGGACCUCAAUCACGUCGGCCAGCAAUCCGAUGCCGAUGGCCAUACCAGCGAUGGUUAG